GCGGGCAGGCAAACAAGUCUUCUAGGUCUGGAAAAACAUCAAUUCAAAUCACAACACUCGUGUCAGCUGUGAACCUGUAAACUUUAUGCAGCUACCCAGCACCAUAAGGUACAGACCAGUCGAAAUAUCAAGGAAUUUGCCCCGAACGCAACCAUUUCAGAAUCUUUCUGCAGUGCUACGUCUUUAGAGAGCAAAAGCUGUUAGCGGGUAGGGAGCUGAUUGAGGAAGCCGAGGUUGAGAGUGCUAAGCGUGGUAUAGUUGUUGAAGAAGGACUCGCUGAUCAGCGCGUAGAUGGAGAUCUGCUGCUAAAAUUGUAUCGGACAUUUACAGAUUACAAAAAUACAAAGGGAAAAUGUGUAUGUAGGGAAGCUGCUGGAUUCUUUUCACAGAUCUUAAUUGCAAUUUUGGAGUAUUGGUGAAUUCGGAUUCCUGUAUACACACCAUCUGCAGUGCCAAUGCGGCUGCAGUGAAGUAGGGAAAUCAUCAAUUACAGGUCUACAAUGCUUAGAAGUGGAAGCACAAUAUUGGAUCAAGAUUGGUUAAAACUGUUUGACUGAGAGUUCAUCCCGGGAAAAGAAAUUGUAUUGAAAUUGUAGAAAUGGCAUCUGUUCUGCGGAAAUUGACUUGUUUGACCUUUUACUUCAUGCCAAUUCUAACAACUGUAUCUGCCUCUAGGCAACCUGUGCACGUCAACAAGGAAUUCAGCACUUUCCAUUUAGAAAAUUCUGAAUGGACUUUCAACCACUUGGCUGUGGAUGUAAGAAACGGGAAUGUUUACAUGGGUGCUGUAAAUAGAAUCUACAAACUUUCAGCUGACUUGAAAGUCCAGGUAACCCACCAAACUGGACCAGAUAAGGACAACCCUAAGUGUUAUCCUCCAAGGGUAGUCCAGCCUUGCAAUGAGCCGCUAACCAUAACCAACAACAUUAACAAAAUGCUGUUGAUAGAUUACAAAGAAAAUAGGUUGCUGGCAUGUGGUGGUCUUAACCAGGGGAUCUGCAAGCUGCUAAGACUAGAAGACCUCUUCAUGCUUGGGGAGCCAUCCCAUAAGAAGGAGCACUACCUGUCUGGGGUGAAUGACAGUGCCUCAGUGUUUGGGGUAAUUGUCUCCUACAAGGACUCCGAUGAUAAGCUUUUUAUUGCCACUGCUGUUGAUGGUAAGCCAGAGUAUUUCCCUACUAUAUCCAGUAGGAAAUUAACCAGGAACUCUGAAGCUGAUGGGAUGUUUGCCUAUGUGUUUCAUGAUGAGUUUGUGGCUUCCAUGAUCAAAAUCCCUUCAGAUACUUUUACUAUUAUUCCAGACUUUGACAUCUAUUACAUCUAUGGUUUCAGCAGUGGAAACUUUGUUUACUUUUUGACUCUGCAGCCGGAAAUGACCAGUCCUACUGGUUCCACCACCAAGGAACAGGUCUACACAUCCAAACUGGUUCGACUCUGCAAAGAGGACACAGCAUUUAAUUCAUAUGUUGAGGUUCCCAUUGGCUGUGAGAAGAAUGGAAUUGAGUACUGGUUACUUCAGGCUGCCUACUUGUCUAAAGCUGGUGCUAUUUUAGCCAGGUCACUGGGCAUCAGUCCUGAUGAUGAUGUCCUAUACACCAUUUUCUCCAAAGGGCAGAAAUGGAGGAUCAAGUCUCCUGAGGAAUCUGCCCUUUGUGUCUUUGUUCUAAAAAACAUUAAUGACCGAAUUAAGGAUAGGCUUCAGUCUUGCUACAAGGGAGAAGGAACAUUGGAUUUGGCCUGGCUUAAAGUCAAGGAUAUUCCUUGUAGCAGUGCACUUUUAACUAUCGAUGACAAUUUCUGUGGGUUGGAUAUGAAUGCACCGCUGGGAGUUUCAGAGUUGGUGAGGGGUAUUCCUGUCUUCACUGAGGAUUCGGACAGAAUGACUUCAGUCAUUGCAUACGUCUACAAGAAUCACUCACUGGCCUUCAUAGGAACCAGGAGUGGCAAGGUGAAAAAGAUCAGAGUUGAUGGGCCUUCCCAGGGUACCCUGCAGUAUGAGACCGUUCAAGUGGUGGAAAAUGGUCCAAUUUUGCGAGAUAUGGCCUUUUCAGUGGAUCAGCAGUACCUGUAUGUCAUGUCUGAAAAGCAGCUGACCCGGGUGCCGGUGGAGUCAUGUGGACAGUAUACAACCUGCAGCGAGUGUCUUGGCUCUGGGGACCCUCAUUGCGGAUGGUGUGUUCUUCACAAUACAUGUACUAGAAAAGAGAAAUGUGAGCGCUCUAUGGAACCCCGAAGAUUUGCAUCCAAUAUCAAGCAAUGUGUCCGGCUGAGUGUUCACCCAAAUAAUAUUUCUGUGUCACAGUACAGUGUGUUGCUGAUCUUGGAGGCCCACAAUGUUCCUGAACUCUCAGCAGGCGUAAACUGUACAUUUGAAGACUUGGCGGAGAUGGAUGGUCUGGUGGUAGGAAAUCGCAUUACGUGUAUUUCACCAGCAGAGAAAGAAGUGCCUCGAAUCAUUACAGACAAAGGAGACCAUCAGAUUGUUCAGCUGUACCUGAAGUCCAAGGAAACCGGGCUGGCAUUUGCCAACACAAGUUUUGUCUUCUACAACUGUAGUGUUCAUAAUUCGUGCCUGUCUUGUGUUAACAGCCCCUAUCAGUGCCUCUGGUGUAAAUACCGGCAUCUAUGCACCCAUGACCCACGUGCUUGCUCUUUUCAGGAGGGGAGGGUCAAGCAGUCAGAGGAAUGCCCACAGCUGCUUCCCGCAGAGAAGAUCCUUGUCCCUGCUGAAGUGGUGAAGCCUGUCACCCUGAGAGCUAAGAAUCUACCCCAGCCUCAGUCUGGUCAGCGAGGGUACGAAUGUGUCCUCAGCAUCCAGGGAGUGGAGAAGAGGGUGCCGGCCUUACGCUUCAAUAGCUCCAGUGUCCAAUGCCAGAACACCUCUUACUUGUAUGAAGGGAUGGAGAUUAGCAGCCUCCCAGUAGAUCUAAUGGUUGUGUGGAAUGGUGACUUCAGCAUCGACAAUCCAGCAGAUAACAAAGUUCACCUGUACAAAUGUGGGGCUAUGCGGGAGAGUUGUGGCAUGUGUCUGAAGGCAGAUCCCCAUUUUGGCUGUGGUUGGUGCAAAGGGGAGGACAGAUGUACAUUGAAACAGCACUGCCUUCUGCCAGAGUGGCUGGAGUACUCCGGGGUGAACAGCAAGUGCACAAAUCCAAAAAUAACAGAAAUAACUCCACUAACAGGUCCCAGGGAAGGUGGCACACGGGUGACAAUACGUGGGGAGAAUCUUGGCCUAGAGUUCAAGGAGAUCGAGGCACACGUCAAGGUGGCUGAAGUGGAGUGCACCCCAGUGCUGGAGGGAUAUAUUCCAGCAGAACAGAUUGUGUGUGAAAUGGGACGAGCUGAGCACAGCCAGUAUGCUGGAUACGUGGAGGUCUGUGUGGGAGAGUGCCGGCCCGAGUUCAUGGCAAGAUCCUACCACUUAUAUUACUUUGUGGUACCGAACCUGUUGGAGCUGAAGCCUAGUCGAGGCCCUGUGUCUGGGGGCACCACUGUAACCAUCACUGGAAGUAACCUUGACGCCGGAAGCGAUGUCUCCGUCACGUUCAAAGAUCAGACGUGUGUUUAUCACAGGAGAGCAGCUAAAGUGAUAGUGUGCAAGUCCUUGGCCUCUCAGCAUGGGUACGGAAAUGUCACUGUGUCAGUCAGGGUGGACCGUGCCAGGAUUCAAAAGGAGCUGCAGUAUGAAUUUGUGGAGGAUCCCACAAUCUCCAAACUGGAGCCAGAGUGGAGUAUUAUCAGUGGUAGUACACCUGUAACAGUAUCAGGAACUAAUCUGGACAUCAUUCAGAAUCCUCGAAUCCGAGCCAAGUACAACAGAGUGGAGACUGUCAAUACCUGUGAAGUACUCGACUCCACCACAAUGAUCUGCCAAGCACCAGAAUUAGCAGUGAGUUCAAACCAUCAGUCUGAUGUCAUAGAGCGUCCAGAUGAGUUUGGGUUCAUUCUAGACAAUGUACAAGCACUGCUGAUACUUAACAACACAAACUUCAUUUACUACCCAAACCCUACGUUUGAACAUCUGAGUCCCUCCGGAGUACUGGAAUUAAAACCUGGCUCACCCAUCAUACUAAAGGGUCGGAACUUGCUUCCUCCUGCGCCUGGUGGGAAUGCCAAACUAAAUUACACUGUGCUGAUUGGAGAGAAGCCCUGCACUUUAACAGUGUCUGAGACCCAGUUAUUGUGUGAAUCACCCAAUCUUACUGGGAGGCACAGAGUGCUGGUACAUGUUGGUGGGGUGGAGUUCUCCCCUGGCGUAGUGCACAUCUCCUCAGACAGCCCGCUCAGCCACACAGCUAUCGUCAGCAUUGCAGGGGCGGGCGGCCUGCUCAUCAUCUUCAUUGUGGUGGUGCUCAUCGCCUACAAGCGCAAGUCCAGAGAGAGUGACCUCACCCUCAAGCGGCUGCAAAUGCAGAUGGACAAUCUGGAGUCCAGAGUGGCUUUGGAGUGUAAAGAAGCGUUUGCAGAGUUACAGACUGACAUUCAUGAACUGACCAGUCAUUUGGACGGAGCUGGAAUCCCGUUCCUAGACUACCGGACCUACACAAUGAGGGUCCUCUUCCCUGGGAUUGAAGAUCAUCCUGUACUGAGAGAUCUGGAGGUUCCUGGAUACAGACAGGAGCAGGUGGAAAAGGGACUGAAACUGUUUGGCCAGCUCAUCAACAACAAGGUGUUUCUCUUGUCAUUUAUCCGCACCCUGGAGUCCCAGCGCAGUUUUUCCAUGCGGGAUCGGGGGAACGUCGCUUCGCUGAUCAUGACAGUUCUGCAGAGUAAACUGGAGUACGCCACAGAUGUGCUGAAGCAGCUGCUGUCAGACCUCAUCGACAAGAACCUGGAGAGUAAAAACCAUCCCAAACUGCUUCUCCGGAGGACAGAAUCUGUUGCCGAGAAGAUGCUGACCAACUGGUUUACCUUCCUGUUGUACAAGUUCCUCAAGGAAUGUGCAGGGGAGCCUCUCUUCUCUUUGUUCUGUGCAAUCAAACAGCAGAUGGAGAAGGGACCCAUUGACUCUAUCACCGGCGAGGCUCGGUAUUCACUCAGUGAAGACAAGCUCAUCAGACAGCAAAUAGACUACAAGACACUUCUUGUGAACUGCAUAAACCCUGAUAAUGAGAAAAGUCCUGAGAUUCCAGUGAAAAUCCUGAACUGUGACACCAUCACCCAGGUCAAGGAGAAGAUUCUCGAUGCAAUAUACAAGAAUGUGCCCUAUUCCCACAGACAAAAAGCAGCUGACAUGGACUUAGAGUGGCGCCAAGGGAGAGGAGCAAGAGUUAUCCUGCAAGACGAAGAUGUCACCACCAAGAUUGAGAAUGACUGGAAGAGACUGAAUAUGCUGACACAUUAUCAGGUGCCAGAUAGCUCAUUGGUGGCUCUUGUUCCAAAACAAGUUACAGCAUACAACGCAGUCAACAACUCCACCGUCUCCAGAACCUCAGCCAGCAAAUAUGAGAAUGUGAUCCGGUACACAGGCAGCCCUGACAGCCUACGUUCACGUACUCCAAUGAUUACUCCUGAUCUUGAGAGUGGGGUCAAAGUGUGGCACCUGGUCAAAAACCAUGAACAUGGAGACCAAAAGGAAGGCGAUAGAGGCAGCAAGAUGGUGUCUGAGAUUUAUCUGACACGGCUCCUAGCCACCAAGGGCACCUUACAGAAAUUUGUUGAUGACCUCUUUGAGACAAUUUUCAGCACAGCCCAUAGAGGGAGUGCCCUACCUCUCGCCAUCAAAUACAUGUUUGAUUUCUUAGACGAGCAGGCAGACAAGCACUGCAUCCAUGACCCGCAUGUGCGACACACCUGGAAAAGCAACUGCCUGCCAUUAAGAUUUUGGGUGAACGUGAUCAAGAACCCACAGUUCGUCUUCGACAUCCACAAAAGUAGCAUCACAGACGCCUGCCUCUCAGUGGUGGCACAGACCUUCAUGGACUCCUGCUCAACAUCCGAGCACCGGCUGGGCAAAGACUCCCCCUCCAACAAGCUGCUAUAUGCCAAGGACAUUCCCAGUUACAAGAAUUGGGUGGAACGGUACUACUCAGACAUAGGCAAAAUGCCUGUCAUCAGUGACCAGGAUAUGAAUGCAUAUCUAGCUGAACAGUCCAGAAUACACAUGAAUGAGUUUAACACAAUGAGCUCACUCAGUGAGAUCUACUCCUAUGUCAGCAAAUACAGUGAGGAGAUUGUGACUGCACUAGAACAGGACGAUGCAGCAAGAAAACAGAGACUGGCAUUCAAGCUUGAACAAGUGGUCACUUUUAUGAGUAUAGACAGCUGAAAACCACCGGCCCAGGAAGUGCUGGCAGAGUAGAAACCGAGCCGUGCCUGAAUGAAGACUGUCAUCUUUUUACCAUCAGCAAGUUCCAUUUGGCUACAAGCACUGUCACCAAAUUAUCUCUGCUUUGCCCUAUUUGUGAAAAAAAUAUACCUGGGGAUGACUGAGCUUAGCAGAUUUUUGGCUUCUGGUUGUGCAAUGAUAUUCAUUUAAUGACUCACCAUGGAAAUACAUCACUAUGAAAACCUAUGAACAACAACAACUUGUAUAUGUAAAAUUGCUGUGCUUCCUUAAAUGGAGAGCUUACUCUAGUCUGAUGUAUUGAUAUUACUCUUGGUAUAUUUUAAGUGCUGCUAGAACAGUCGAGUAGAGCAGAAUGGGGAUCAUUGUUGUCAUCAUCAAUUUUAUAUUUAAAUACAAAAGGUAUCGAAAAAUGUUAAUAUCGAUUAAUAUACAACUUGCAGAAAAUAUCUUUGUUUUUUAUUAAAUGCUGUGAAAUGUUUAAUGAUUAAACAAAAAAAAAAUGACUGAAAGGGUAAACACCUCUGACAAAUGAGGUUACAACUAUUGUACAUUUCCUUCCGUGUCUCACCUUUGAAAAAAAUCUAAAAUGUAAGAUGAUCUGAACAUACUUAGGUGUCAAUGGAGCACGUGUUUUUAGUUGGGAGUCUAAUGUCUUGUGGCAAAAGUCCUGAUGUUAAUUCUCAGAGCCGUCCCAGUGUGGUUAACCGUUGUGUGUAUGCUAUAUGAAGCAUUGUGAAUGCAAUUUACAAACUCUUUUUUUUCUGCAAAAAUACAAUUUUAUAAAAGACAGAAAUUCCAAAACAUAAACUGCUUGGAAUUUUAAAGGAUGCUCAGUUCCAUUAUAAUAAUCUAAAACAACAAGUUAAUUGAAUGUACAGUAAGGCUGGUGAUGGUAACAAUGCUUGUUUAUCUGUGUAUUUCUCCACUGCUGAAGUGUUUAGGAGGGUCUGUGCACAAUCUCUCUCUGUAAAGAAAAAUUGAUUAGACAUACCCAGUUGUAAAAUAGUCCACAAUUAAGUGGCAGUGACUUUCUAUUUGAAAUGCCUGGUCUGGGACAAGGACAGUUUUAAAUAGCUGAAGUGUACAAAAAAAGAUUGAAAGCUAGUGUUGUUCUCAGCUGAUUUUACCUAAUGCCUCUAGACUGCAGUACUGGGAAUUCUAAACUGCCACUUAACGCACAGCUGUUCACCUAAUGGAUACAAAACAUGUUUUUGACAUUUUAACUGCAUUUUGAAGACUUUUAUGUCACUGGAUGUCCAGUGAUGACUUUAGUGGAAUGAAUGGACAAUGCUGGCCAGCAAAAAACCAAAGGAGUCAGAUUUUUUUUUUUUUUUUUUUUGUGGGGGGGGGGGAGUGCCACAUUGAAACAAAAUAAAACAAAAAUGCUAUUUUAUUUAUAUCCUCAGUGUGUCGAAAAAAUCUGUGGACAAGCUGGUUUUUAUUCAUGUCUGUUUUCUUGCACACUGUAAAUGUUGCUGAAUACAGUUACCAUUUUGCACAUCAAUAGACAAACAAAAAACCUUUGAAAGAAAGUUUGCUUUGUUUCUCCAAGGUACAGCAUUCUUACUUUGAGAUAAAACAAGAUCUCAAGAAUUUUUGGGGAAAAAAAAAUAAAACAAAGCAGCCCUCCCUCCCUUCUACCUUCAAGCUGUAUUUUGCCUUGAAAUGUGCCAGACUUGUCAUGUGAAUGUGUGGAUGCCUCAGUAGGCCCAGGUUGGGUCGUUGGCUUUUUAAGCGCAUGUACUACAAUUAAAGAAACAAAAGCCUUGCAGUGAUGUGGAUGUGUUUUUCAAUUUGCUUGGAAGCAUCAGCCAGAGUGGUUUGUCAUGUUACUAUAAUAAUCUCAGUUAAGGUGGAACCUUUGUCCAAUAAUCCAUAAAAACCAUUCCAAAUUGAAUAAAGUGUUAGGUGCUAAUGGAACCUUAACAGUCAAUAUCGUGCAUGGGGAUUUUAUAAUCUGUGUGUUAUGAAAUGGAUCUGCCUUGAAAUCACAAUAUUUACUCUACCUAUACCAGGUGCAAGUGGAGGUUGCAUUCAACUAAACUUUCUCUUGUACUGUAUGUGUUAGGUUUAGGUUUAACUCUUAAUUUGUUUGCCUCCUCAGAGGUUUAUUUUCAAGACAGGGUGUCCCUUUCUGUGAAUAAACUGCUGCUAUUAAUACAGUAGUCUCCAUUGUCCCUUGUGGAUCAAAGGGAAUAAUGCCACCAAAGCGGGUGGCAAACAUUUUCAUGUAAUUUGGUAUUGUGCCUUUUUAAUAUAAUAUGGACUUAGAUUGUUUUUUUUUUUCAUCAAUUCCACACCUAACAAGUGCAUAUGCAUAUUCUGAUUGUUUUCCCCAAAGACCACUAUUUAAUUUUGUGAGGAAAUUGCACAAGCAAGGGCUUUUUAAAAUAAGCCUGUGAAAGCCUGCCCCACCAAAAUUCUGGAAACCGCUGAUCAUCCAAUGCAGAUUUUAUUUCGAGCCAUUCUUAUUUUAUCAUUUACAUUCUUUAAAUUAAAAUAUAUUUUAUGGUGUUUUGAAAGACUGGAUUUCUUUCUCUAAAGAGUGGCAAGUCAAAGAGUAGCAGCGCCUGUCAGUUUCAGCUUUACUGACAUCCUCCAUAAAGCACUUUCCUCAUUGAGGAAAGAGAGGACUGAGGGCAAACAUGCAAUGGGAAAAUCGACUUCUAAUACCAUACAUGUCUUUGGGGGGGGACAAAACUGACAACUCAAAUAUUCAUUAGGCUUCCCUUUUAAUAUAUUACUGUUCAGUGUUGUCAUAUUCUUACAAGACAGUAUAAGUGUUUUAUGUUUCUCUACAAAAAUAAAUGUGGUAUAGAUGAUGUGAAAUCUUUUCUAACUACUUGAUAAAGAUUCCACCUUGAAUGUUUUGUAUGGAAAUGUCCUUAGAGCUCAGUGUUAUUGCAGGUGUCAAAAGAAAUGUUAGAAAAGACUUUUAAUAUCAUGAUAUUUGAUGACAAAUUAAAUAUCCUGUUUUGGGGGGGAGAACUUCUCUAACUUUGUUAUAAUUAAUUGUAUACCUGUGUAUGUAAAUACAAUGCAUUCCUAUUUUGCGGUCCAGAAAAAUACUAUUUGUAAUAUAGAAUAAACUUUAUUAUGAAACCAAAUGUACUGGUAUUACAUUCUUUAGAACACUGUAUGUCAUAUUUUCAAUGAUUUGUAUCUGGAUGUUGGUGUUUUGUCAGAUGUUAG